UGUGACGAUAUGUCUAGGGUAUCUGUUCUUUCUCUUGCUCCCGCGGUUUUUAAUAGGGACAGAAUGAUAUAUUCGAGUAGUCGAGUGAGGUUAUGGAACGUACCUGUAAACCUUUCAUUGCUGUUUCACCUACAGGUGAAGUACUGGACAAUAUUUCCGAAUUCGAGUUAGUUAGUAAAGUAUGAAGUCCCGGAGAUGUCAACUAAGUUUCAGUGUUUGAUGCCGAAUGAACAAGUGUCAUUUGAAGAGGUGACCGUAAUAUCGAUAAUAUUUCUCUCACGAGUUAAAGCAAAGGAUUGCAUUGUUGCUCUUUGAGGUUAGGCUUAGGUUGAGCAUUGGUAAGCUUCAUCUGAGCCGAGAAAAGUAUGGAGAAAACAGAGCCACGGUUACGUGGACCUGGUCUUACUGCAUUUAAAUGAAUAAGCGGUUAAAUUGGAAAGAUUCCCUUCAUGGUCACUAUGAAACCACCUAUGAGUGUACAUUUAAGGAAUUCUUAUUGUCCUUACUGACUUCGUUCUCUAAGCAUCUUCGUGGCAUGGUCCCAUCCCACUUGUUGCAGGAAUAUUAAUCAUGGCCGAUCGAGAUUAUGAAGUGGGUCCUGCCACGGAGAUGAUGGUAAAUGAUUUCGACGAUGAACGAACAUUGGAUGAGGAAGAGGCUUUGGAGGGCAGUGAAGAUUCUCACAAUGAAUUAUCCAACCUGCAAAAGGAAGGUGACAUGCCGCUCAAGGAGUUACUGGCCAUGUAUGGAUACGGCGAUCCGUCAACAGAGAAUUCCAACAGUUCUGAUAGAAUGGUACUCCCACCUAAUAAAGAUAUAGAAGGUGACGCUCACUUGUCCGACAAAGGUGAUGAUAUGGACGACGACGACGACGGUGAUACCGAUACGAUGAUACACGAGCCAGAUCUGAAACAGUUUUACACGGAAAUGGUGGAACGAGAAAAAUCUGAAAAUGCCAGUCGGGGGCUGAGAUCAAUUGACACCGACUCCUGUGGAAGCGGCAUUAGAAGAGGUAGUACCGGUGAAAAUGGCUGUGGCAGAAGUAGUGGUAGCGGAGACGGUUACGGUGGAGGUAGUGGCAGAGAUGGUAGUGCAACCGGGGAGGGCACUGGUGGAAACGAUGGUAACGGUAAUAGUGAUCGUGCAGGGGAGGACACAGGUGGUGGUGAUGACGGUAUCCUUCGUGGUGGUGGUAAUGGUGGUAAUAAUGGUGACGCUAAUGGUGGAAGCGGUGGCAGCGGUGGCUCCUCGAGAUUGUUACGAAGCGUAUCGCGCCCUCAAAGCGAGGAAGAAGAGGAUGACUGCGAUUAUAGUCCCGAUGAAGAAGAGUGGAAAAAGACCAUUAUGGUCGGUAGUGACUACCAAGCGGCGAUCCCAGAAGGUCUUUGUCGCUACGAUGACGCAUUGCCCUAUGAAAACGAGGAUAAAAUGCUCUGGGAUCCCAGUCACAUACCCGAGGAGGAAACAGAGGAAUUUCUGGAAAGGGCACAACUUCCCGCAGUGAAAGGAAGUUCUCUACCCUCAGGGUCUCACAUCAGGGAUGACGAACAAGCAUUGUACCUUUUACUCCAGUGCGGUUACAAUCUAGAGGAAGCUUUAAGGAGAAGGAGAAUGAACGUUAUUCCUCCAACAGAUGCGGUUAGUCUUUGGUCGGAAGAAGAGUGCCAUAAUUUUGAAACGGGUUUGCGAAGUUACGGGAAGGACUUCCAUCUUAUCCAAAAGAACAAGGUGCGAACAAGAUCGGUUGGCGAGCUCGUACAGUUUUACUACUUGUGGAAGAAAACCGAGAGGCACGACAUCUUCACGUUCAAAGCACGUCUGGAGAAAAAGAAGUACGCUCUUCAUCCUGGUAUCACCAGGGACUACAUGGACCGAUUCCUGGAGGAGCAGGAGGGCGUUCGGGAUCGCAGCAGUUCGCCGAGCAUCCACUGUCUCCUCUACGGGGACGCGAAACGCCAGAGGACGGGGCCUAGUAUCGCGAAUAGCGAGGAGACCAAGUUGCUCGACUCCUGGGAGGGUGGACCCGGUGGCGGUGGCGGCGCAGCCGGAGCCGUCGACCCUCUGGCCGACCUGAACGGUGCCUCUCAACCCGCAAGCGCUAACUCCGUCCCGCCAACCGGGCCGACCCAUCACCACCUGAAUUAUCCACCUCAGAUAACGCGCGAGAGUCCAGCGGAGGACGGCGCGCUUUGGACGAGUACUCACGGCCAUCCCAACAACAACCACCACCAUCACCACCAUCUACACCACCACCACCAUCACCACCACCACAACCACGCGGUGGGGGCGACGCCGGCCCCCGGUGCACCGAUCGACGAUUCGCCCUCACCUGAGAACAUUCUCCCUCACCUGCCCCCUUAGCGGCGAACCGGCGCGAAUGGACGCUCAUUGAGAAACGCCCGGUUCUCGAGGCGCGGCUCGUGCGACGUCGUCGCUCUACCCUCUUAACCCGCGGACACGCAUUGUUCGCUAGUACACUACGGAUUAUAUUUUUCUACCACAUCGAGCAUAAUUGUUGUCUGUCGAUUCUGCGGAUGCGAGAGGGCGCCAGGUGACUCGCCACCUCGUGGUCGCGAAGUAGAGUCGAGAUGACGAGGAUGAUGCGUGGGUAAUUCACCAAGGGCAACUUGAACAUGCGUUCCACACUUAAGGUGAUGUGAAAGUGGCAUCCGAAAUAUCAAUCGGUCAUGAAACAGUUCUACGAACUGGGUGUACCGAAUAGUUUCAAACUUUACAACGUGAAAGUGGAACCUACAAGGAAGGUCCUGAUACCCAUGAAUUUCAAUUUUUUUUUAAUUUGUUUAUAAAUAUUUUCAAGAUUUUCUAUAAAAAGUGAAAUUCCAUAAGUGUCAGGAUCUUCCUUAGGGUAUCUAUCUUAGGGGAUCUUCAUAUGGUAAAAUUUGAAAUGAAUUGGUACAUCCAAUUCGGAGAAAAGUUUUAUGAACGGUUGAUCCCUCGGAUACCAUUUUCACAUCCUCUUAAUGGACGUAUGGAUUCCAUGAAUGAAAAUCCAGGCAAGCAUGAAAGCCUAAGUAUCGAUUAAGUCGGUACAGUGGGUACAUGAAAAAGUGCAUUAAAUGAAUUGAGAGGUUACUCGGUCCUUUUUCUCCCUAAAUUAUUCUUUUCUUGAACACUUGUAAGACGCAUGGAUUUUAUCUUGCGACUAUUAUUGUCACUACCAGUGACCACCAUGAUCAUCGUCAUCCUCGUACUUCUUUUGAAUAGAGAUUUACUUAUACGGAACUAUUUUUUUAGAAAAGGAUCGUGUACUGCUCUUCGACAACCGCGAUGGUUUGGAUAAGGGAGUAACGUUGUUACAGUAAAAAAAAAAAAAACAGUAUAUUCGCUGAAGAUCUGGGCUUAUCGAAGGACCUUGAGUUUGUCUGUUCGAAUUGACUUUUAGUAGCUAGCACUUUGUCAUCAAACAGUGUCGGCCGAAAUUUGCGACAGAGAAAAUGAAUGUCCCUUUAUGUAAAUUCGCUCGGAUUUGCUCUUUGUUCGAAGUUGUAUCGCAGGAGAUACUUGAGGGGACUUCUAAUUUUAGGGUUCCCCCAGUACGCCGUGUUACUGUGAAUUUAAUUCUUGCCGUACGACUUCGAAUCGCGAGUGCGAGUACACUUAUUCAGCAUUGUAUAUAAGUACCGAGUGAAAGUCAAUCGAAUGCGUUGUGGUAUAUCGGCUUAUCGAUUAUCACUCCUGUUUCACGUGUUUUCUCAGAUAAUACAGGUGACGAGUAAAAUAAUUGUAGAACCAA